CUGCUGAAGAAUUUGUGUUCUCUUUGGGUCUUGCAGUUUGGUCUCUCUGGUUGGAACCAUUGCUUUGCCCAUCCGCCUUGGCCAGGAGCAACUCACAGAGGGCUACUGGUAGGGACACAGAUACGUAGGUGGGAGGGGAAAAGGGGAGGGAAAGAGUAAAGCCAAGAGAAAAAUCUGCCUUUUUAUGGUCCCCUGAAAAUCCCCAAGCAUUCCUCCUAGCUUGGUUCCCUCCUCUUAACUCUGAACAGACCAACGUCUUUUCUCCCACCCACCCAGGCGGCUUCCUGCAAGCAAAAUCACAACCAGCUUUUAAGGCUUGCGCUGCUCCUCCUGCUGCCUUUUGCUAAGAUGAACAUGAAAGCUGUUGUGGUUCUUCUCCUCUUAGCCUUGGCUACCAUUUUUGCUUUAGUGUGCGUUUUGCUGACUAAAAAGGAGAAAAGCACCAAGUGUGUCCUCUCUGAGCCGCAGAACCCUCCAGAGGACAUCUCCACAGAUCAGAGCAAGAUCUUUGCUGACCUGACAGCAGACGAGAUGAUCCGGGUGGUGGAAUACCUCAAAGACCAUCUUGGCGUCCACCUGGAAGAUGCUUUUUAUGCCAAACCAUCGGAUAAUUGUAUUUACUAUCUAGAUCUACACCUCCCCACUAAAACAGAAGUACUUAGCUUCCUCAACCGUGGAACGGACCGACCGUCUCGAGAGGCAUUGGCUGUGGUGUACUUUGGAAACCAACCAGAUCCAAAUAUCACAGAAUACAUAGUGGGUCCUCUUCCGCUUCCAACGUACCAUCGAGACAUCACCCUGAGGAAAUUUGGCAAGAAGGUGCCAUACCACAGCAGGCCGGUGACGGAGAGAGAGUACAGAGAUAUUGAUAUUUUCAUUUUCCAAGCGCUUGCAGAGGUCUCCAGCCUCCUUCAAGCAUGCUGUGAAUAUAAUGGGACAAACUUAGCUACUCUGACUACAGCUCCUCGAGGGUUUGUGUCCGGUGACAGAGCCACCUGGUUUGUCCUGUUCCACAAUGUGGUGGGCAGUGGCUACUACAUCCAUCCUAUUGGUCUGGAGGUGCUUGUGAACCACAGCAGUCUCAGCAUCUCAGAGUGGACAAUUGAGAAAGUGUUCUAUAAUGGUCAGUAUUAUCAGGACCUGGCCCAGCUGAAGAAGGAGUUCAACGAGGGACGGGUGAAGGAGGUCAGAGUGAAGAUGGCCAGGCAGCAUGAUUUUGCUUCCACAAAGCCUUCCAAGCUUUCUCAUCCAGGCCCUUUUCAGUUUGAACCCCAUGGAAUACGCUACAAGGUACACGGCAGCCAUGUUUCCUGGCAAUCGUGGGCGUUUACCUUUGGGAUGAAUGUAAACACAGGGCCACGUCUCUUUGACAUCCGAUUUGACAAUCAGCGGAUUGUCUAUGAGCUGAGUCUGCAAGAAGCCCUUGCCAUUUAUGGCUCCAACUGUCCUGGAGGAAUGGUGACCAGGUACAUGGAUGGCAGUCUAGGCAUUGGGAGGUUUGCUUAUGAGCUAGUUCGAGGUGUGGACUGCCCCUACAUGGCCACUUAUGUGGACCGACAUUACUUGAUAGACUCAGACACGCCAAAACUGAACAAGAACUCCUUCUGCAUCUUUGAGCAUGACAUGGGUGUGCCUCUGCGUCGUCAUUUUUCUAACUUGGGGUCUUUCUAUUAUGGAGGGAUUCCUAAGUAUGCUCUGGUCGUGAGGUCCAUUUCGACCCUUAUCAACUAUGACUAUGUCUGGGAUUUUGUGUUCUAUCAAAAUGGUGCUAUAGAAGUCAAAGUCCAUGCCACUGGAUAUAUCAGUUCUUCAUUCUUCACUGCGGGUGGUAAUGCAUAUGGCAACAGGGUAGGGGAACACACGCUUGGAACCAUGCACAACCAUUUGAUAAACUACAAAGUUGACUUGGAUGUAGGAGGUAAGUCCCAUAUAUACUGGUAGGAGGUCUUUCACAAACUGGCAUCCUAAAUAGAACCAGGGUGCAGUGUUAAACUGUUGCCAAUUUCA